CUCCAGCAUGAGAAAAAAAUCUAUUACAUGACCUAGAAAAUUAGUGGUCUUUUGUGCCUACAAUCCUAUUAUGGCUUUUGUUCCACUCAGACCUGGGAGCUUUUUUUUCUUUUUACCAUCAUGGUAAAGUUUUUGUGGAACCCACUGAAGAGGGCAGGUAGCUUGCUUCCUUGCUGCCCAUUUCCCACCUCUCACCAUGGUGACAGGGCCACAUGGGGGCCUGAGAUAAAGGCACGUGGAAAGUGGAAGGGUUGGAGCUGCCAAUAGGGGUGAUGGGCAAAGCAAUCUGGGAGGCAGGAACCCCGGAUCUUCUCAGUUGUGGCUUUCACAGUUUGAGUACCUCAGCCUCCUGCACUGUCUGCCCCUUUGUUUGCUGUGUUCAACUUCCUGCCCUAAGAGGGGAAGUGGGCAGUGAUCGCAGGUGCAGCGGCAACUACCGCAGCCAUGGACAAGGAGUAUGUGGGUUUCUCGGCCCUCCCCAGCCAGCUGCACAGGAAGUCUGUCAAGAAAGGGUUUGACUUCACACUCAUGGUGGCAGGGGAGUCAGGACUGGGCAAAUCCACCCUCAUCAACAGCCUGUUCCUCACCAACCUCUAUGAGGACCGACAGGUGCCAGAGGCCAGUGCUCGCUUGACACAAACGCUGACCAUUGAGCGCCGGAGCGUGGAGAUAGAAGAGGGGGGAAUCAAGGUGAAGCUGACCUUGGUGGACACUCCUGGCUUUGGGGAUGCUGUGGAUUGCUCCGACUGCUGGCUGCCAGUGGUUCGAUACGUUGAGGAGCAAUUUGAGCAGUAUCUCCGGGAUGAAAGUGGCUUGAAUCGGAAGAACAUCCAGGAUUCUCGAGUCCACUGCUGCCUCUACUUCAUCUCACCCUUCGGCCGGGGGCUUCGGCCCCUGGAUGUGGCCUUCCUCCGGGCCAUGCAUGAGAAAGUCAACAUCAUCCCAGUCAUUGGCAAAGCAGAUGUCCUGAUGCCUAAGGAGACCCAGGCUCUCAAGCAGAAGAUUCGGGACCAGUUGAAGGAGGAGCAGAUCAACAUCUACCAGUUCCCAGAAUGUGACUCGGAUGAGGACGAGGAGUUCAAGAGGCAGGACGCCGAGAUGAAGGGAAGGAUUCCUUUCGCAGUCGUGGGUUCCUGCGAGGUGGUGAGGGAAGGCGGGACAACCAGACCAGUGAGGGGGCGCUGCUAUUCCUGGGGCACCGUGGAGGUGGAGAAUCCGCACCACUGCGAUUUCCUGAACCUGAGACGGAUGCUGGUGCAGACCCACCUGCAGGACCUGAAAGAGGUGACGCACGACCUGCUCUACGAGGGCUACCGGGCCCGCUGCCUGCAGAGCCUGGCCCGGCCGGGGGCGAGGGAUCGAGCCAGCCGCAGCAAGCUUUCCCGCCAGAGCACCACUGAGAUCCCGCUACCCUUGCUGCCUCUGGCCGAGACGGAGAAGCUGAUCCGAGAGAAGGACGAAGAGCUGCGCCGCAUGCAGGAGAUGCUGGAGAAGAUGCAGGCGCAGAUGCAGCAGAGCCAGGUCCCCGGGGAGCAGUCAGACACUCUCUGAGGAGCGGCCCUCAUGCCCUGCCCUGCCCUGCCGGGUCCUCCCUACCUGGGUGCCAGCAUCUACGUAAAGGGAAGCCAGCCCCAGCCCCUGGUCACCCUUCUCCUCUGUGGAGCGUGCCCCGCCCCUCUUCCUCAUAC